AUGUCCCGACAAGCGUCGGUGCCUGGUCCCACUACGGCCCCGAUGCCGUCCACGGUGGCCACCGCGUACGGUGGAGGCGUCAGUCUGCUCGACAAGCUGGCGAGCUCCACGGUGCUCCAGGAGGCCCGAGUCUAUCCGGUAACCGUACCGGGCGCCAUUCGGCUGCCAGCGGGCAACGAUGGCCCGUUCGCCGUUACUCCUUCGACCGUCCUGACCACGGUCGUGCAGACAGACGAUUUUGUUGUCCAUCCAGGGCCAGAGGAUGUGUUACUGCUCAACACAACCACUGGACUGUACCAGCAAUCGGUGACGCUAACCGCCCGAAUGUAUCCGAUUGAGGCCACGGCGGCAAAGUCGAUCUGGGGCCUACCGACGCUGAUCUGGGCAGUACUGAUCGGAACGAUCGUGGUACUACUGCUGAUCCUAGCGACACUCUUCUUUUGCUGCUGGUUGCAGCCCCGAACCCGCAAGCUGCUCAACUCCAGCUACUACACAACGACCACGAGCACCGGGAACGCAUCACAGAGCUCAAUCGUGACGAAAUCGUGCACCGGUAGUAGCGACUCGAACCAGCUAGUGAUGCCCCUUUCGAUUGGCAUAUGCCCCCCACAGUAUAGUGCCCCUCCACCGCCCCAGCAGUCCCAGCAGCAACAGCAACAAGGUUCGCAAUCGCACCACGGUUCGAGCGGCGCCGGUGGCGGCAGUAACAGCUCGCUUCAUCAUGCCUCUCAUGGGCCGUCGGCACACCACACCUGCAACGCAUCGGCCGUCGGCAAUCAGCAGUGCAGCAUGGCAUCCGGAGGCCAGGACUAUGGCCACGUAAAGUACGGAAGCUCCCCGCAGCAGCAACAGCAGCAACACUACUCGCAGCAGCCGCAGCAGCACCAGCAGCAGUACGCGCAUCAUCAUCACGCGCAACAUCAUCAACACCAGUGCAUACACUACCAACAGCAGCAGCAACACCAGCAACAACAGUAUAAUCAACAAUUGCACCAACAACAGCACGCACAACAACACCAUGGCCACCAUGUCCAUGGGCAACAACAAUAUCCGUACAAUCAACACCAGUACUAUCAUCAUCCCGCGCAGCACCAGCAUCAGCAGCAGCAGCAGCAGCAACAGCAACAGUACCUACACUAUCAACAACAUCAGCAACAGCAUCAUCCGCAGCAACUACAGCAAAGGGAACAUCAUCACCAGCAUCACAGCCAACCGCAGCAACAGCAACAUCGGCAAUCAUCGUCUGGCCAUCAUCAGUCACCACAGAGUCAGCUCGCGCACAGUCAGCUGCACAAAUCGAUGUGGGCCAUCAACCCACUGUACGCUUCGAGUGGAGUAAUAAACGACGAUAACGAGGGCGAUACGAGCACCUCCUACCGGACACGAUCCUUGCCCUCGUGGGGCAAGAAUAGGCAGCGACCCCUCUCGAAUGCGGACGACCUGGAAGAGCUGUACGCGAAGGUGAAUUUUAGCAAAAAACGACGCAACCGUAUGCGGAACGAUGAAGCGGCCAUCAUUGCGUUAUGUCGGUCGCGCUCGCAGAACCUGGCCGCGCUGCCGCUCGCCACCGAUCAGGACGCAGUGGUGGUGUACGACGAGCGGACGGCACUGUAG